AUGUAUCGGCAAAUCUUGGUUGAUGAACGAGAUGCAGAUCUGCAGCGUAUCGUAUGGAGUCCAACGAAGCAUGAACAUCCAUCGCAUUAUCGAUUAAAUACCGUUACGUAUGGCACCAGCUGUGCGCCUUACCUCGCGAUCAAAGUGCUGCACACUUUGACAUCAGACGAAAAAUGCAAUUUCCCAGAAGCCACUCAUAUACUACUCCAUGAAUUCUACGUUGAUGAUGUUUUGACAGGUGCUGACAACGUUGCCGAUGCGCGCAGACGGCGAAGCGAGCUGCAGACUUUACUUCAAGCAGGAGAGUUCACGUUAUAUGAAUUUGAAAUGGACGAGCAGUCCAAUACAUUGGGUCUAGUAUGGACCCCCAAAUCAGAUUGUCUGACUUUUACGUUAAAGCUCGAUUAUACUAUUACUACCUUCACGAAACGUCAAUUAUUAUCUGAUAUUGCUAAGCUAUUUGAUCCACUAGGGUUUUUAGCUCCUAUUAUUAUCCGAGGCAAGAUCUUUAUGCAGAAGCUUUGGCUUACCGGAUUAGACUGGAAUGACACUCUACCUGACGACCUUAACGCGGAGUGGGUCACUUUUCGCAAUGAACUUAAGUUGGUGCCUCUGAUACAAGUCGCUCGUUGGAUAAAUAUAUCAAAUACAGCAUAUUCAUAUGAGCUACACGCAUUCGCAGAUGCAUCCAUACAUGCUUAUGCGGCGGUGGUUUACUUAAAGGUCGUUUCCCAUACAUCGGUGAAUAUACACCUAAUUAUAUCCAAAACAAGAGUUCCGCCCUUGAAGAAGGUUACAAUACCACGACUCGAACUAUGUGCAGCUGUCUUAGCUGCACAAUUGUGUGAUAAGGUACGGGCUACGUUAAACUUACAUCCUAUAUCUACCUAUUGUUGGUCCCAUUCCACCACAACCAUAUGGUGGAUACGAUCUGACCCUGGGACGCUAAAAGAGUUUGUCUCUAAUCGUGUAAGUCAGAUUUACGCUGUGACUACUAUUAGCAAUUGGAGAUAUGUUCGAACGUCAGACAACCCUGCUGACUGCGCUUCACGAGGAGUGAGCAUGCAACAACUCAUGAGCCAUCAACUAUGGUGGCGUGGACCUGAAUGGCUGCUACGUUCCGAAGCAAGCUGGCCUCAAUCAGCUCUUCAGAAUCCAGAUACAAUUAUAGAGCGCAAGUCGGUACAAAGUGCGAUAGCGCAAACUACUCAAAUCGACUGGUUUAUCUUAGAACAAUACUCAUCGUUAGACAAGCUACUGUCUGUUACGGCCUGGUGUCUACGAUUUUCGUUGGCUGUUCGUGGCAAGCAGCAUGAAUCAUCACCAAUGUGCUUAUGGCCGGAGCGAGUAUCUGCGUUAACUUUCUGGGUAAAAUAUGUUCAAAACAUUGUCCUUAAAAAAGAUUUAUUGGCUAAUAUGAAGGAUAGCGCUGUCAACAAAAGUAGCAUUCUCUAUAAGCUACACCCUAUACUCGAUUCCGAGGGAGAACCAUCUUACCACUUUGAUCAUCAGACCGGCACAUCAACGAACAUUGCACGGUGGUACGCAAGCUACACUUCACCAUAUUCGUCGACAAUUUUGGGUAAUUGA